CACAGAGCAUCGACGAUAGUCUACCUCGGCGAGGAGCGGCGGUAGUGCGAGGCUGGGGUGCCGGGUGGCAUCUUUUGCGUGGCAUGUCCGCUACAUAUCCCCCCUUCGGCGGCUGGAUCCGGCUCGAUGGCAGAUGUAGGCGACGUCUCGUUGAAAGAUGGCACAGUGUCCCGGGUAUUGGAAGCAAUGAGUGACAACACUACUAGUUCUACUACAGCCAAUGACCUAGACCUCAUCUAUCUAAAAUGCAUUAUGGCGAGCCCACUGGAGCCAGUGGAAGGCCUGAAGGAGCUGCAUUUGUCCCCAGUUAGGGAAAACAAUGUGGAGCUUCUGCAGGAAAUUCUCAGAGAUCUUGAUCCAUUCACACACCGAUCCAAAUCAGCUGCUGAGCUCUUUCACUUACUUACACAGCCUCAUUUUCAGUCUUUACUAGAGACUCAUGACUCAGUUGCAUCCCAGGGGGAUGGAAGCCCCCUCUCCUGCCCAUGCAAAUUUACGACUCAUGAUCAAGAUAGACAGAUGAACAACUUUCGGCCUCCACCUGAUGCAAUCCGCAUGGUGGGCAUACGCAAAGUGGCUGGCGAACAUCUGGGUGUGACAUUCAAGGUAGAGGAUGGUGAGCUGGUGAUAGCACGGAUUCUCCAUGGAGGGCUGAUAGACCAGCAAGGAUUGCUGCAUAUCGGUGAUAUCAUCAAAGAGGUCAAUGGCCGUGAUAUGGGACGAGACCCAAGGGUGCUGCAGAAGGAGCUGCAAGAAGCCAGUGGAAGUGUGGUUCUUAAGAUACUACCCAGCUACCAUGAAACAAUAACUCCAAGACAGAUGUUCUUUAAGUGUCACUAUGACUAUAACCCAGUCAGUGACAAUCUGAUCCCCUGCAAGGAGGCUGGCUUAAGGUUUAAGGCAGGAGACAUCCUUCAGAUUGUUAACCAGGACGAUGUCAACUGGUGGCAGGCAUGUCAUGUGGAGGGUGGAACUGCAGGACUGAUUCCCAGUCAAAUGCUGGAAGAGAAGAGAAAAGCAUUUGUCAAGAGGGAUAUGGAACUGGUUCCUCCAGGAAAUUUGUGCACAGGUGUUGGUGUGAAGAGAAAGAAAAAAAUGAUGUAUGUUACGACAAAAAAUGCAGACUUUGAUAGACAUGAGAUAUUGCUCUACGAAGAGGUGGCCAAGGUCCCUCCUUUCAAGCGGAAAACUUUGAUUUUGGUUGGUGCCCAAGGUGUAGGAAGGCGCAGAUUGAAGAACAUGCUUCUGUUGAAGGAUCCCCAUCUCUUUGGAACCACAAUUCCUUAUACCUCCAGAAAGCCCAAAAAGGGAGAAUGCGACAGCCGGAUAUAUGCCUUUACAAGCCGCAGCAAAAUGGAGGCUGACAUCAAGAAGGGCCUCUAUCUUGAAUAUGGAGAGUAUGAUGGCAAUUUGUAUGGAAUCAAGACUGACUCAAUACAUGAGGUUGUGGAAGCAGGACGAAUUUGCAUUCUGGAUGCCCACCCUCAGUCUCUCAAAGUGCUGAGAACAUCUGAGUUUUUGCCAUAUGUGGUGUUCCUUCAAUCUCCAGACUUCGAGGCUCUCAAGACAAUGAAUAACUCUACUGCAGAGGCAGGGGUUUCUACAAAGGCACUUUCAGUUCCAACACCAAGUCUCCUUCUCUCCUUUCCUGCCAGAAGAUACACCAAGUACUCUCCUGCCUGCCUCUCUGAUCACCUUGGCUGCAGUGGUCCAGUCUUCUGGAAGCUCCUCCCGUCCACCGAGAGCCUGUCUCACCUCUUCCCGAAAAGCUGCACAACACUUGUCCUGUCUCAGCUUCCACCACAUGGUUCUCUUCUCUGCCUUGUAAUUAGAACGCCGGCAGCUAAUAGACCUUUGAUGGUGGACCUAAUACCUUCUAUUUGUAUUUGUUUUUACAAGGAUUCAUGUUCUGCUGUGAGGGGUAAAAUAGGUAUACCAUUACUUUGUAUUAGCACUUUUCGGCCCCUUGCUUCACCUGCCGUUUGUAUAGAUAUUUUAAUGAACCGUUUAUCAGAAGAUAUGUGAAUUUCUGGAUUUUCUGUUUGUAGCCAAUAGGGGACCUGCAAUGCAGCAGCCAGCGUGGCACCGAGUUCAUAAGUAAAGCGCCCUUUAGUUACAAACAGAGCCAUAUGUGGUCCAGAGCAUGGAACCAGGAGCCACUGUUUUUGUUCUGGAGUGAUUACGACAUAGGCAACUGCUCCCUCAAUGCCAAUAUAUAUGUUGACAAUGCUUAAGUAGCAAAGUUUGUUGUUCAUCAGGUCCAACCAGCACACUUCAUAAUCUUCAUGACAUUGCAAGGCAUCAUAGAGGAGAGUGCAGUGUCCUCCUAAUUUAGA